GCCACAAAUCCAACGUGGCGUUAAGCAGUGCGAUGUACUUUAUAGUUGGGUCUCAGUGAGAGACAUCACUGGUCAUAGAAAUGCACUUCUCAAGAGUAGUGGUUUUCAUUGUCGGGAUGGCGUCAGCCACCUCUAAUCUUUACGCCGUUCCAAUCGACAAGCUGCUGUCAAAAGUGAACGGCAGGGCAUCUGCUUUUCAACGCGAAGGGCCACCUGAUACAGAAUCAGAGACGAGUCUUCACGCAUCGGAAGAAGCUGAGACUGAUAGUGCACUCUCCCAUGAGGAAGAUGUGGAGACGGUGCAGCGUCAAGCUAAACUAGAGGCAGAAGACGAAGAGUUAGAACGUAUUGAGGAAGAACGUGAAAUGAAGGCCGACCGUGAGAAAAGGGCAGCGGACAAAGCUUUCAUAGCACAGAUGAAGAUAGAUGAAGCUCAGCAGAAGGAUCAGAUUCGAACCGACACAAUGAAGGAAACAAAAAUGAUUGAGAAAGAUGCCAAAGCCGAACUGGAGCUUCAGAAGAAGAUUGACGAGCAAGAGGCUGAAUCCGGGGCAGAAGUUUUUGCGGAAGAACAACAGAAGGCCAGCCGGGCAAUUACGGACGCGGAAGCUGCCUUGACUGGCUUCCAUUCCUCGCAUGGCGACCUGAAAGCCGGAGCAGAUAAAAAACCGCAUGGUUCUUCUUUAGCAGCAGGCAGACUCGAUGUCGGGAAGCCUUCUGACGUCGAAUCAUCUACGGAGCUGAACACAGAGUGCGGCAAGCCACCAUUAUCCACUUCUAAGUGUGAGGGCGUUGAGGAGAAACUAGAAAAACUGAGAGAUGAUGAGGAAGCCCUAGAGAAAGAGGAAGAAAAAACAGAGAAAGAAAUGGCAGGAGAACCGACCGAAGAUUCAGACGCGGAACAUGAUGAUGAAGAACAGGAGUCGUUUGUACAAAUACUCCGACAAAGAGCGAAGCAGAAGCGGGGUGUCAAACACGAUAUCCACGAAAACCGGAAGUUCACAAGGUUGUCCACAAAAGACCAUGGCAAUUUUGCGCGGAGCUUUAUGGUGUGAACCCAAUCACUUGGGGCCGGUCACUUAUGUCAGCGUGUGAUACUCCCAGUGAAGAAGCCAGUUUAUCGUUCAACUCA